AUGACAUGGCGUUAUAGAUUGGUCGACGAGGCAGAUAAGUUCAUGCUAAGCUUUCUUCCGGAUGAUGUGGCCUCCGCCACAGUUGAUGAGUUAGUACCCUAUUUUGCUAACAGAUUUGGAAAUUCGACACGGAUUGAUUAUGGAACUGAACAUGAAACGAACUUCACUGCUUGGUUGUAUUGCCUGAAAUUGGGAUUGAUCAAGGAAGAGGACUAUCAAGCUGUGAUUUCAAGAGUUUUCUCAAAGUACCUCGAGCUGAUGAGGAAGUUACAGUUGGUAUAUUGUCUAGAGCCUGCUGGUUCGCAUGGUGUUUGGGGAUUGGAUGAUUACCAUUUUAUCCCAUUUAUAUUUGGGUCGUCACAGUUGAUUAAUCACAAGUACAUGAAACCUAAGUCCAUCCUAAACGAUGAUAUACUUGAGAGUUUCUUCAAUGAGUACUUUUAUGUUUCGUGCAUAGCAAUCACAAAGAAAAUGAAGAAAGGAUUGUUUGCAGAGCAUUCCCCAUUGUUGAACGAUAUUACUUGUGUUCCCAAUUGGAAUAAAGUUAACAGUGGAAUGCUUAAGAUGUACAAAGCGGAAGUCUUGGAGAAGGUUCCUAUACUGCAGCAUUUCCUCUUUGGCUCGCUCAUCAAAUGGUUUGAAUUUCUUCACUCCUAUUUUGUUUUGCCUUUUAAAUUGCAAUUGGGAGUUUGCUCAUCAAAUGGUUAUCUCAUAUCUCAAAUCCUUGUGUUCUUGUUUCUUAACCAUCUCUACGUUUACUAAUUAGUUUCUUAGAGAUUUUGCCUUUCAUGUUUGAGUGACAUCAAGUUACUUAUGGGACAAAAAAAUAACUUCUAGGUUAGAGCAGGGCUUAAUUAAUACUCAACUAGAAAUUCUUAGAAAAUAUU